UUUCCAACUAUUUCAAUUUCGAUUUCGUCUUUCGAUUUCCACAUUGUGUUCUUUCGUGUGUGUAUCUGCAACUGCAACAGCGAGUAGUGAGUGCAACUGUGUGUGUGUUCAGAAGAAAACUAUCUACAUUUCUGUGUAAAAUGCAGUCAACGUGAAACGAAGCAAAACAAAUUCAAUUAAAGCGCAACAAUCAAUAAAAAUUCAAACGAAAUAUGGAGCAUACUCAAGUGGACUUAAUCAGCAAUUCUUCAGCGCCAGCGAGUCCUGGCGAGGAAUGCGGCUGUGUGCGUCUGGGCAAAUGCAAAUGGUUCAACGUGGCCAAAGGUUGGGGUUUUCUCACGCCCAACGACGGCGGCCAAGAAGUCUUUGUGCAUCAGAGUGUUAUACAAAUGGCUGGCUUUCGCUCGCUGGGCGAACAGGAGGAAGUCGAGUUCGAGUGUCAGCGCACGGCGCGCGGUUUGGAGGCGACUCGCGUCUCGGGGAGACAGGGCGAGAAUUGCCAUGGCAGCACCUACAGGCCACGAAUCAAUCGCAAAACUCGCCGCAUGCGGUGCUACAACUGCGGCGAAUUCGCCAAUCACAUUGCCUCGGAGUGCGCGCAAGGACCUCAGCCAAAGCGCUGCCAUCGCUGUCGCAGCGAGGACCAUUUGCACGCCGACUGCCCGCAUCGCAACGCAACUGUGACACAAACCGAACGGAGCAGGAGCAAAAGCAUCACCAGCAUAGAGGAAGCAGUGGAAGCUUUAACUGUGUCCACAACUCCCUAGCCCCAGAAAGAAAAAGCUUCAACUAGCUAUCGGGCAAUAUAUGAAGUUCAAAACUUGUACAAAAAAACGCAUUGAAAUCAAAGAGAAACGUACAACAAAACAAAAAAAAAAAAAACAUAAAUAACAAACUACCUCUAAGUGCAGUCAUUUUCGUAUGCGAAACUCUAGAUAUUAGAUAUAGCUCUGGAUGCCACAAUCACGAAGUACAAAAUAAUAUAGUUGGAAAGGCAUCCGCGAGUUGUAGUACUUAGUUCUUUAAGCUCUAGCUCCUAAGUAUUU